AUGCAGGCCAGUGAUAGGUUCAACAUUAAUUCCCAGCUAGAACACCUUCAAGCUAAGUACGUGGGAACAGACCAUGCUGACUUGCAUAAAUAUGAAUGGGACGUGAAUAUUCAGCGUGAUAGUUAUGCUUCCUAUAUCGGCCAUUAUCCGAUUCUCUCCUAUUUCGCUCUUGCUGACAAUGAAUCCAUUGGCAGAGAACGCUACAACUUUAUGCAGAGAAUGAUUAAGACCCGCGGUCCUCCCCCACAAAGAGAAGAGGAUGAUUGA